GCCUUCACCCCUUCUCGGAAGCAGUGCGACGCGCUCGACGGUGCGAUUGCCUCGCUGGCCAGAAUUGCGAUGAGAGGAGCAGCUUGUACACGCAACGAGGACGGCACGGUGCGCUCACUAACGAACAAAGAGGUCUUGGCGCGCUGGAAGAUUCCCAGAUCGGAGGUGGAGUUGCGGAUUCGGAGGCUGAAGUGGCUACAGCAGGCGGCCAGGGACAGGAACAACUGCGCCCAGUUCUUCGGGGCGCUCUUCGGCGCCACCAGCGGGCAGCAGAGGGGCGCGGUGAACGUCGAUGGCUCCAUUUCCGUGCUGGCCCACCCUUUGGCGAAACGAGUGCAACAAUACGUGGACUCGCUCAUUCGGGUCUCGGACGAGGAUAUUGCGUGGUCGAUCUCGCUCGAGCACUCGUUCCUGCACAAGAGCCAAAAACACUACAAUGUCCUGGGUGCGAAUUUGCAGCUGGAUGUUGGCUUGAGCUUCGAGAUCACCUCGCUCGCCACCUGCCUUUUCUUCCUGACAUUCGCGCGCCCGCCCCUGUGGGCAAAAACCUUCCGCAUGGCAGACGACUGCGACCAGGAACCAGAGGGCUCGGACGCCAAGAAGCAGAUGGAGGAAGAGCUACUCCCACAGGCAAGCGGACAAGUAGGCAAAGGCGCCACCAAAUCACAAGUCGUGCUUCUAAUCGUGCUCAUUCUGUUCGUCUUCAGUUUCGCGGGCGAUCCCAGGUCAGUCUUCAGCGUGGUCAGCGCCACAGCGAUCUUCCCCUUGGCGGCGCCGUGCUCCGAGGCGGCGGUUCAAGCACGCAAGAACUACCACAAAGCGGCGGCGGAGCUCAAAGAGAAGGAGGACUUCAUCAGAGCGCUCCUCGCGAGUACAGAGGAAGGCCAGGCGCGCACCACGCUUGGAACGCACGGGAAGGAGUACAUCAUGAAGUACGUGCUGAAAGGCGCGGAAAUGGAGAUCAAGCACUUCUGGGCGCGCGUCCCGCUGGGCAAGGAGGUCAAGAAGAAGUCGAAGCGCGGGGGGGGCAAGGUGCGGCUGCAGUGGGCACGCUCGGCGACCAGGAUCGCGCGCGAGCUCGACGGGGCCAUUCGCUCGGAGAUAGCCAGGCACGGCGGAGAGAUCUGGAUCGGAGCUGCCCCGCGCGGGGCCUUGGAGAGGGGCGCGCGAGUGCUCUUGAACAAGCUGGAGCAGCCCUUGGAGAGGCCGAAAUGA